AUGCUUCUACAGAGUUUGAAUGCUGGAAUGUUUUUGUGACCCCAGAAAUGCUUCAAGAAAUCUUGAUCCACACUAAUUCGAAAAUUCGCCAAAGACAAAAUAAAAGUGCAGCAAAUAAUUCUAAGAGUAAUGCUUCUUCUUACAUGCAAGAAACCACUUUAGGUGAGUUGAAAGCAUUUAUUGGCUUACUGUACUUAGCUGGCAUCACCAAAUCUAAUCGUCAAAAUUUGAAAGAUCUUUGGCGAACUGAUGGAACUGGCGUUGAUAUAUUUCGUACCACCUUGUCACUGCAGAGAUUCCAGUUUCUUCAAAAUGCUGUACGUUUCGAUGACAAAGCCACAAGAGAGCAGCGUAAACAAAUUGAUAAUAUGGCCGCCUUCCGAUGCAUUUUCGAUCAGUUCGUUCACCGCUGUCAAAAUGCGUACUCUCCAAGUGAGUUUCUGACUAUCGACGAGAUGUUACUAGCAUUUAGAGGUCGAUGCCUGUUCCGCGUCUACAUUCCAAACAAGCCAGCUAAAUAUGGCUUAAAAAUUUUAGCUUUAGUCGAUGCAAAAAGCUUUUAUGUUUUGAAUUUGGAAGUGUACGCAGGCAAACAACCGUCGGGACCAUAUGCAGUCAGUAAUAAACCCUUUGAGGUAGUAGAGAGACUCAUUCAACCAGUUUCUGGUUCACACCGAAACAUUACAUUUGAUAAUUGGUUUACUGGAUAUGAGCUAAUGAUCCAUCUACUAAAGGAGCAUCGCCUAACGUCGGUUGGAACUGUAAGAAAAAACAAGAGACAGAUUCCUGAAUCUUUCAUUAGAACUAACAGGCAACCUAACAGCUCACUCUUUGGAUUUCAGAAAGAUAUUACAUUGGUUUCAUAUGCACCAAAGAAAAACAAGGUGGUUCUUGUUAUGUCCACUAUGCACCAUGAUAAUUCAAUAGAUGAAUCUACAGGUGAGAAACAAAAACCGGAAAUGAUAACAUUUUAUAAUUCAACCAAAGCUGGGGUUGACGUGGUUGACGAGUUGAGCGCUAAUUAUAACGUUAGUCGCAACAGUAAACGAUGGCCUAUGACUUUAUUCUAUGGCAUUUUGAACAUGGCAGCUAUAAAUGCUUGCAUUAUAUAUCGAUCAAACAAAAACGUUACGACCAAAAGAACAGAAUUCAUUCGUAAUUUGGGCUUAUCAAUGAUUUAUGAACACCUACAUUCACGAAAAACUAAAAAAAAUAUUCCAAGGUACAUCCACCAGCGAAUCGAAGAGCAGCUCGGUGAACCCUCACCUAGACCUACAGUUGCACCCGGACGAUAUGUCAGAUGCCAGGAUUGUCCAUAUAAGAAGGACAGAAAAACUAAACAUUCCUGCAAUGCUUGUGGCAAGCCCAUAUGUUUGGAACAUGCAAAAUUUAUUUGCGAAAAUUGUGCUGAUCUCAACAGUGCUGAUUAA